AACUCCCUUCUGGGGUUGGGCAGAGCUGGGGGCAGGGCUGAACCAGUCAUAGCGGUGGCUUAUGCCAAGGCCCUCAGAGGCUGGGCAGAGCUAGAGGGGCCCCUACCAGCCUGUCACAGGCUCCUGGCACUGGUACUUGCUCUGGCUUUUACACACUCACACACACACUCUCUCUCUCUACACACACACACACACACACACACACGCACACAGAUACACAGACACACCGGUAGGCGCCCCCUUGGUGGCUUCCACUAUCUCACCUUCAGGUAAAUGGGCUUGUCAGAGGAACAUGAAGAUGGGGAGAGGAGGAAGGAGUGAAAAGGCCAGUCUGCGUGUGUGUGUGUGUGUGUGUGUGUGUGAGAGAGAGUGUUUGCCUGGAGUGACCUCACAGCUGCCGGAACAUAAAGACUCAUGGGUCCUGCCUCCCAGGCUCAAAGCUGGCUCUGCGGGGGACGCAGUGACAUGAGAGGCAGAUCACAGACCCAUCUCCUCACCUUCUUCCUCCUCUUCCUCCUCUCAAAGGUGUGUGCCCAGCUGUGCCCAACACCGUGUGCCUGCCCCUGGCCGCCUCCCCGAUGCCCACUGGGGGUGCCCCUGGUGCUGGACGGCUGUGGGUGCUGCCGGGUAUGUGCACGGCGGCUGGGGGAGCCCUGCGACCACCUCCACGUCUGCGACUCCAGCCAGGGCCUGGUUUGCCAACUCGGGGCGGGCCCUGGCGGCCGGGGGGCGCUAUGCCUCUUGGGAGAGGAUGACGGGACCUGUGAGGUGAAUGGCCGCCUGUACCAGGAUGGAGAGACCUUCCAGCCCCACUGCAGGAUUCGCUGCCGCUGCGAGGAUGGUGGCUUCACCUGUGUGUCGCUGUGCAGCGAAGACGUCCUGCUGCCCAGCCGAGACUGCCCCCAGCCCAGGAGGGUGGAGGUCCCAGGCAAGUGCUGCCCCGAGUGGGUCUGCACGGACACCCUGGGGGUGCAGACUCUUCCAGCCCGAGAACCCCAGUUUUUUGGCCUUGUAGCUCCCCAGCCCAUGCCAUGCCCAGAGUGGAGCACGGCCUGGAGCGCCUGCUCGACCACCUGUGGCCUGGGCGUGGCCACGCGGGUGUCCAACCAGAACCGCUUCUGCCGACUGGAGACCCAGCGCCGCCUGUGCUUUCCCGGGCUCUGCCCGCCCGCCAGGGGGCGCAGCCCACCGUACAGAGCCUUUUAGAGCCAGGCCUGGGAACCGAGACGCAGCGCCCAUGGUCCCCAGCAGGCAGCCCUGUGCCUGAGCCCGGGGCAGAUGGCAGAGGGCCCUUCCCCACGCCCUGGGCUGCAGGUAACGAUCCAGCUUGAAUCCGCAGAACAGGCUCUGGAGGACAAGAAUAUUCGCAAGCUGCCUGGUCGGUCUGGACCCUGAUAUAAUAGCUCGGCAGUGAGAGGGAGCAUGACCUUGUCCCCCUCCUCUAGUUCACGGCCUGGGAGGAUGGCCAAGGUUUCUAGGACCUUCUGGUCCAUUCCUUGCCUAUUCCCAUCCUUUAUGCUCAUGGAGGAACUUUCUCUCCAGUUUCCCCUUGGAGGAUAUAGUACAACCAACUGGGUCCCUUAAUAAUUAGGCAGAGGUGGGUGCUGGGCUGGACCAGCCAUUUUCCUGGGGCUCUGGUAAAAAACACACACAGACAUUCUGAAUCUCCUGCUACCUUUCCUAGAGUUAAGUAGAAAGUCCCUGAAUACUGACUUAUGCAGGAACUUGUGUGUCAGGCUUGUGCUCAAAUGAGAAAGCCCUUGCCAUGGGGGGCUAAAUUCUUUGUGACAACCACAAGAUGAAAUCACACUGCUUAAUAGAAAGUCAGAAAACAGGCCUUAAAGAAAUCCAUUAGACACAAUUUGUAUGAACAUGAAUGAACCUUUCUUGUGCACCUACCAUGUGCCAGGCACUGAGCAAGACAGUCUAUAUAGAUCAGAGCUUCUCAACAUUUUUGAGAGGAGAAAACCAGGGGAGCGAGAAGGUUACCUCCAGGGACUGGGGGACAUAGCCUGAAAGAAACAAGCCCAAGUGAGAAAUUCUGUUUAAAGUUCAUGUUUUAUUGUAAGAAAAAAAAAAUGUUGAAACUUUGCAUCCUCCUCCAUGGUCUACUUUGCAUUUGUUUAAAAAUAAAAACCAUGUUUCCAUCAGGAUCCAGCAGCCAGGAAAUGAGAAGGCACUAUCAGUAUUGACACAGAGUACAUGUCUUCUGCUGGAUACCAUACACCGUCCUGUGGGGUAUAUAUCCACAAGUGGAAUUGUGGGGUCGCAGCCUAUGCUCUUUCUGCUGGGUCAGACUAUCUAUCUCUCAGUAUAAUGGAGGUCUCUGCAUACAACAAGCGCUCAAUAAAUACUUGUUGCAUAAAUAAUAA